AUGAUUGAAGAUGACAUCUACCGCGCCUCGUCCCAGUACCGCCUGUGGUCAUACACCGAGCCAUCUCUGCAAUCUCUCAGAGCUACGACAAAUGCCGUUGCUAGCGAGCGCGUGCGCGCCGCUUUGCACAGAUCGCGCGGGACUCAUCAGUCGAGCGCAUCCUCCGCGGCGGGAACACCACUACCGGAAAACAAUACGGAAACCAAGAAUAAAGAUGUAGAAUGUUUGACACCGGAGGAGGAGCUCGUUCUCGUGCGUUAUUACUGCGAGAAGACGCUAGAGCUGGGAGAGACAUACAAGCCACCAAUCCCGACAAUGGUCCGGGCCACCGCGAUCCAAUACCUUCGCCGCUUCUACCUAACCAAUUCACCCAUGACAUACCAUCCAAAGUCGAUCAUGGCGUGUGCGCUCUUCGUCGCGACGAAAACCGAUAAUUACUAUAUAUCUCUUCGACAAUUUGCAGAUGGAAUUCCUGGUGACACAAAGACAGAGGACGUCAUCGCACCGGAAUUCCUGCUUAUGCAGGGACUGCGUUUCACCUUUGAUGUACGGCAUCCGUUCCGGGGACUGGAAGGCGGCGUCAUGGAACUACAAGCCAUCGCGGAAGGCCAAGGACAACCGGCCCCCCAUCUACCAUAUGAGACCGCGGAAGAUCUCCAACAAGGAUUGCUGUCCAUCGCACCUCCUCCCGUCCCAUCAUCCUCAAUGUCAGAUCGAAUCGCUCGAGCCCACGGCACAACUCGUGAGCUGCUGAAAUCCGCUGCGCAGAUGACGGACGCCUACUUCUUGUACACACCAUCCCAGAUCUGGUUCUCCGCCUUCUUACUGGCGGAUCGUCCCCUAGCAGAGUUUUUGCUGGAUGUCAAACUCGGUGGUCCUGUCACAGCCACAAUCCCUGCCCCCGAAACAGACGAAAAUGGCCUGGUGAACCCUCUAUACGAAAUCCGCUCCAAGCUGCAUCACGUCUUGACUGAGUGCUCUGCUCUACUCCAAUCAUACACGCCUCUCUCCUCCGACCCCGCGCAAAUGAAGAGCCUCAAGCGCAUCGCAAAGAAACUAUAUCAUUGCCAGAACCCCGAGAAGGUGAAUCUGGCUGCAACUCAGAAACGGGAAUCAACCCAGCCAUCUUCCGCUGUUCAAAGUGACACUGGAAUAGUCAACUCCGAGAGCGAAACAGAACGCCUAGCGAAAAAGCGGAAAUUAGAACAAGGACAGGCUGUCCGUCAGGAAGAUGAUGUUUUUGGUCCGGAGUUGGUCACUCAGCGAACCAAGUAA